ACGAAAUUAAAGAAGAAGGAGAAAGGUUUUAGGCCGGAACUGGGAGACUGAUCUGGAUCGGCCGGCGAAAAAGCAGAACCGUCACAUUCGUCGUCGGAAAUCAAGAAAGGAUAGUUCUCUGUAGGUAGAAGAGAAAUGGAAGCCAAGUUUUUUCGGUUCUUGAAGAUUGUUGGAGUUGGAUACAAAGCCAGAGCUGAGGAAGCAGGACGUUUCUUAUACCUCAAAUUGGGUUACAGUCACGAAGUCGAACUUGCAGUUCCUCCAGCAGUUCGGGUCUUCUGUUUCAAGAACAAUGUGGUUUGCUGCACCGGAAUCGACAAGCAAAGAGUGCAUCAGUUUGCUGCAACAGUAAGGAGUUGCAAACCCCCUGAACCUUAUAAGGGCAAAGGCAUAAUGUACAUUGACGAAGUUGUCAAGAAGAAACAAGGAAAGAAGUCGAAAUGAUCUCUCUAUUAUUUGUGUGCUUGUUCCUUUGCAGAUACAAUUUGCAUCUUUUUGUGGUAGAUUAUGUGGUUGGAAUUGCUCAUCAAUAAGUUUUAUUUUGGAUGUAUGAAACAUCAUUUUGUUGUUAAGUCUCUUUCAAUGAAACAAAAUGAGAAGA